AUGAGAGAAGAAGCAAUUGAACUGUCGGAAGAAUUCUCAGAAGGCGAGGAAGAGGAUGAGGACGAGGAUGAGCAUGAGGAAGAAGAUGAGGAAGAAUACGAGGAAAAAGAUGACGACUCGGAUGACGACUCGGAUGACGACGAGGAAGAGCACCCGAGGGAAGAAAACCCCCGGCGCUGGGUGGUAAGAAGCAUCCGGACAUCAGAGGAACGACGGCCGAUGAUACAAGAAACUAAUGAAUUGGAGAUACAGUAUACACAGAGGGAAUUGGAAGAAGAGAGAGAAAGGGUAAGGAUGCGGGCCAAAGAAAGGGCAAUGUAUGAGCGGGAAAUGAAGAAAUCGCCAAAGCUGAGAGGGGAGUUUCUUCGCCAACGGGAGCGAGAAGAGCGCGCGGAGACUGAACGCGAACGCAAACGCAAAGACCAGGAAAGACGCAAGGCUCAAGAGGCAGCCGAGAAGGCCCAGACACCGCGAUCCAAACGAAAGGCCGACUGUACACCAAAGAAUGCACCCGAAGACAAACGUUCCAGGCAGGCAGCCCAAUCGCGCGGAGUGAGAACACCUCAAAUGCAAACUCAGCAAGCGCCGUCUCCCUCGAUCUUGUCAAUUUCAUCUACUCGCAGUCGAGCUCAUUCCGCCAGCCGGUCUGUUCGUGGCACCGCGUCACGAACUGGCCAAUCCGUCCUUCCUGCCACCCCGGGCCCCAGUGCGAACAGUCGAGGGGUCACCAUCAACUCACGCGUCAAGAACCAAAAAGGCCUUGAUCAGCAGGGUAUGCAACAACAAAGCUCAUCUGUCUCGAAAUCCCCUGGUUCCAAGGUCCCAGAGUUCGUCUGCGAAAUCUGCGCCGGGAGCGACUGCGCCCACGAUGUGGUGGAAAGCGACAACGAGGACAUGACGCCUCCACCCCUCCAGCUCUUUCAAGAGACGAACGUGGCGAGUUCCAAGGGAAAGAUGAGCAACGCGAACAUCAUUCCUACUUUUCUCAGCCGUGGUCCGAGAACUUUCCUCACGAACCAAACGCGUAAUUUGGGGCCAGAAGUGAUUGCGCGCGAGAUCGCGGAAGCCUUCCCAUUGAGCAUCUUUGAGAUGGCGGAAUCUAAGUGGGACUUGGCGCCGGGGAAGCCCAGAGGACCCUACCGAAUCAUCUUUCAAGCUCCUCCAGGUUUCCUCAAGUUGGAGAUGAACUUUGGCUCACUCCGAGUCAAGUGCUGGGCGGAGCAGUUCAGAGGCCCCUGCGCGUUCUGCAAGAUUUGCCAUCGGGAACCCGCGUAUGAGUGCCUGGCCGUUCACACGGUUCGUGGAGAUCAAUGGGGACUGCCGCAGUAUCAGGAGUGGACAGGGGGCAAUCGUCAUCAACCAUCAAGGACCUGA